GAGAAUAAAUGCCAACGUCACCUUAGCUGUGGUCUACACGUGUCCGUUGUCUAAACUCUAAACCGAAAGGUGUCGUGAACUCGUGAUCGAUGCGAUGCCGCUUGUUGCCUCAUACUAAACCAAUCCCUUUUUGUUGCCUUAACCUUCAUUUUUCUUCUUCGACAUUCCAACGAACAUAUCAUCUGCAACCAAAUUACAAUUUUUUUUUUCUCUUUCUCUUUGGUAUCUUCUUCUAUUCUUACUCGCUCUUACCCAGCAUUUUUGAAGUACAAACCAACCCUAGUCCCUAGAGUACUUCUCUUACAUACUCAAGUGGGUGGCUUUUCUUUGAGAUUUGAGAACAAGUGAGUUGAGAUACACACACACAGAUACACGGUAGAGGAGGGGUUCGACAGAUCGAUCGAAGGAAAUGGCGGAUUGGGGGCCAGUGUUGAUAGCGGUGGUGUUGUUCGUGCUGUUGUCACCAGGGCUGCUGUUCCAGAUACCGGGUAAGAACAGAGUGGUGGAGUUUGGGAGCAUGCAUACCAGUGGGAUCUCUAUCAUCGUCCACACCAUCAUCUACUUUGGUCUCAUCACCAUCUUCCUCAUCGCCAUCGGUGUUCACAUCUACACUGGCUAAUUUUAUUAAUCUGUUGUCUCUACCAACUUUAUAAUCAUCCAUCCUCUGUUUUUUUUAAUCUGAACUUAAUCAUCUUUACAGCUCUCUAGAUAUGUUCUCUUCUUUAUUUUUUUUUUUUUAUGUUACCGCUGAGUAUUAGAGUGAGGGUUCUAUGUAUGUGAGUGAUUUUGUAAAUUGGGUUAUUGAACUGAUUGAUAUUUGAGUGAUCUC